UGUGUGUGUGUGUGUGUUGCAGCCUCGGUCUGAUCUCAGACUCCUUCCACAUGUUCUUUGACUGCACCGCUCUGCUGGCCGGACUGGCAGCCUCCGUCAUCUCCAGGUGGAGAUCCAACGACAGCUUCUCCUACGGGUACGUCAGAGCCGAGGUUCUGGCCGGCUUCGUUAACGGACUCUUCCUCAUCUUCACCGCGUUCUUCAUCUUCUCUGAAGGAGUCGAGAGAGCUCUUGAACCACCUGACGUUCACCACGAGCGGUUGCUUCCUGUCUCUGUGGCCGGUCUGCUCGUCAACCUGGUCGGGAUAUUUGUGUUCCAGCAUGGAGGCCACGGACACUCUCAUGGAGAGGGAGGUCACGGUCACAGUCAUUCUCUGUUCAACGGCAGUCUGAAUCAUGGACACGACCACCAUAACAAACGUGCAGACAGACACAGUCAUGAUGGACACGGACACAGUCAUGAUGGACACGGACACAGUCAUGGCGGACACGGACACAGUCAUGGCGCACAUGACGAGCCACCUUGUCAUGAUGAACUGCACACGGGGAAAGGUUCCAGUAAACAGAUCCUUCAGGGUGUGCUGCUUCACAUCAUCGCUGACACUCUGGGCAGUGUCGGUGUGAUCAUCUCGGCUCUGCUGAUGCAGAAAUACGACCUGAUGAUUGCUGACCCGAUCUGCUCCAUGCUGAUCGCCCUCCUCAUAGGAGUCAGCGUCGUGCCCUUACUGAAAGAGUCCAUUGGGAUCCUGAUGCAGAGGACUCCACCGUCACUGGACCACGCCCUGCCAGAGUGUUAUCAAAGGGUGCAACAGCUGCAGGGAGUGUACAACCUGCAGGAGCCUCACUUCUGGACUCUGUGUACGGACGUUUACAUCGGAACGCUCAAGCUGCUGGUCGCCCCCGACGCCGACGCCCGCUGGAUCCUCAGCCAGACCCAUCACAUCUUUACACAGGCCGGAGUCCGACAGCUCUAUGUUCAAACUGAAACGGCCGCCAUGUAGAGGCUCGCCUCCUCUGAACACCUGGGACCAAUCACCUUCAGUCUGCUGCUGCAGGUGACCUCUGACCCCGCCCUGAUCAGGGUUAGACUGAGACCUGAUGAGGGAGUGAGAACUUGACUGUGACCUCCCAUGAUGCUCUCGCCCAAUACAUGCCCUGCCCCCCCCCCCCCCCCCCCCCACCCCCCCCCCCCCCCCCCCCUUUUUUAAUCUUACCUGUCGAUGAUGGCGGGCCAUGUGACCCCACCCCCCCCACACACAGCUGCUCUGUGUAGACUGGAGCAAAGCAUUCUGGGUAAGUGCCUUCAUCAUGAAUCAGAGACAAUCUGAGCCCGUUUCCUGUGCGGAUGCCCCUCCCCCGUCCUGUGACAUCAUCGUUGGGACCAGACUGCUGCCAGCUGAUUGGUCCGUGGUGUGAGUGUGUGUGAUGUCACUUUGUUUUAACGUGCCAAACCAUGUGACCAGACCAUGUGACCAGACCAUGUGACCAGUCGGUGGUUAAGUCUUUUUUCAAACUGUAAUAAAUAAUUCCAAUCA